AUGCGACGGCUUUUGGUUUGUUUGGAUUGUGGGCGGUGCGUGCACAGCCCGGGAAAAGCGGGAAAUGGCGGCGCCGAGCGCGGCCUCCCUGCCCGCGCUCCAGCAAAAGGGGCUAAUGGCCGCGGACAGGGGGCGCAGGAUAUUGGGAGUAUGUGGCAUGCAUCCUGACCAUCAGGAAGCUCUAAAAAAGAACCGAGUGGUGCUGGCCAAACAGCUGUUGCUGAGUGAACUGUUAGAACACCUCUUGGAGAAGGACAUCAUCACCUUAGAAAUGCGGGAGCUCAUUCAGGCCAAAGUUACAAGUUUCGGCCAGAAUGUGGAACUCCUCAACUUGCUGCCCAAGAGGGGUCCUCAGGCUUUUGAGGCUUUCUGUGUAGCCCUGAGGGAGACCAAGCAGGGUCACCUGGAGGAUCUGUUACUCACAACCCUUUCUGGUCUUCAGCAUGUACUCCCACCGGUAUGGAGCCCUAGAAAUAUGUUGAGCUGUGACUACGACUUGAGUCUCCCUUUCCCGGUGUGUGAGUCCUGUCCUCCUCACAAGCAGCUCCGCCUGUCUACAGAUACUGUGGAACACUCCCUAGACAACGGAGAUGGUCCUCCCUGCCUUCAGGUGAAGCCUUGCACUCCUGAGUUUUAUCAAGCACACUACCAGCUGGCCUAUAGGUUGCAGUCUCGGCCUCGUGGCCUGGCACUGGUGCUGAGCAAUGUGCACUUCACUGGAGAGAAGGACCUGGAGUUUCGCUCUGGAGGUGAUGUGGACCACAGCACUCUAGUCACCCUCUUCAAGCUCUUGGGCUACAACGUCCAUGUUCUACUUGACCAGACUGCAAAGGAAAUGCAAGAGAAGCUCCAGAAUUUUGCCCAGUUACCUGCUCACCGUGUCACUGACUCCUGCAUAGUGGCACUCCUCUCUCAUGGCGUGGAGGGUGGCAUCUAUGGUGUGGAUGGUAAACUGCUUCAGCUGCAAGAGGUUUUUCGGCUCUUUGACAAUGCCAACUGCCCGAGCCUACAGAACAAGCCGAAAAUGUUCUUCAUCCAGGCCUGCCGUGGAGAUGAAACAGAUCGUGGGGUUGACCAGCAUGAUGGAAAGAACCAUGCAAAAUCCCCUGAGUGCGAGGAGAGUGAUGCUGGUAAAGAGGAGUUGCUGAAGAUGCGACUGCCCACUCGCUCAGACAUGAUAUGUGGCUAUGCCUGCCUCAAAGGGACUGCUGCCAUGCGUAACACCAAAAGGGGUUCCUGGUACAUUGAGGCCCUCACCCAAGUGUUCUCUGAGAGAGCUUGUGACAUGCAUGUGGCCGACAUGCUUGUUAAGGUGAAUGCACUUAUCAAGGAGCGUGAAGGAUAUGCCCCUGGCACAGAGUUCCACCGAUGCAAGGAGAUGUCUGAGUACUGUAGCACUCUGUGCCAUCACCUCUAUCUAUUCCCAGGACACCCUCCCACGUGAUGCCACCUCUCCAUCAUCCAUGCUGGAUAGAGGCCGCUGGACCACAGGAAGCAUGAGACAGCAUUUUCUCUUCAAGAUGCACGGUUUCUGUUCUCCCCUCUCAGGGAUUGGGAAUCUCCCAGGCUUGUUUCACACACUCAUCAUCUCUGCCUUUGAGUGUGGGACUACAGGCCAGCUUCUCCUAUGUGAAGCUCUUUCCCUGUAGAGCUGGCUCUGGCUGGACUUAUUGCCAAGUGUCUGGCUGCAGUAGAGGAGCCUGGUAAAUGAUGUUGUGAACACAGUGUCUUUAUGGGGAGAGUGCAUAUGGGUUUCCUCGAUGUUUGUGUUGAGUUCCUGCCCCCAGGGUUUCGUAGGUAGCACUUUGGUAAUUGCUUUCGUUACAUUAGUUAAGAUGUCUCAGAGAUCAUCUCCUAUCUUUUCUUUCAUGUCCCAACCCCAUUUGUCCCAGAGUGAGUUUGGAAGGUGUCCUGAUUUAAUGUAGGCAUUUUUCAUUUGUCUUCAAAAAGACAAACAAAACUAGAGACACACUCUGUUGCUAUAUGUGGAAAUGACCUGUGCAUUCCCUUCGGAACCGCAAGCCCACACAGUGGAAGGACAGUCUUCUUAGCUUAAGGAAUUCAACUGUUCAGCAGAGCUUAGGGUUUGGAUGCCUUGUGUCUGUAACUUGGUGAUCUUUGCCCACAGAAGUUCCAAAGAUCUUUUAAUUGUUGUUCUCUCUCUGAACUUUGUUACUGAAAUGAGCCUUGCAGAGAGUGUCAGCUCGUUGAUCUUUGCCCACGGAAGUUGCAAAGAUCUUUUAAUUGGUGGUUCUCUCUCUGAACUUUGUUACUGAAAUAAGCCUUGCAGAGUGUCAGCAGAGGCAGAGAAGAGUAGCUUGUACUCUACAACCUGUCACCUUAUCUUCUCUUUUCUUCCUAUGAGAAAUGUCCCUUUCUGUAAAAGCUUCCUAGUUGUUAUCUCCCUGCUUCCUGUUUCCUUUCCUCUUUACCUUCAUUUCAUCCUGUUUAUUGCUGCCCCCAAAUUGCUUAGAUAGUACUUAAUUAGAUCAUUGGCUGCUCAAGGAUAUAAUGCAGUACCUUGUUCCUGCUUUCUGCUUCAGUGUUAAAUCCCCUUUUGAUUUUAUAUGGCCUGUUUCCCCUUCCCAUUACGUCUCCAUUUCAAGGAGGGCACUUCUAUAUGUUAUUUGGUUACCCUAGAAGCCUUUAUCUUUGCUUCUAUGAAACUCUCCUGUUCUUUAAGCCCUUCUUUUCUACUUCCAUUCUUGCCCCCUCUAAUCUAACCUCUAUGUGACAGAUUUUGGUUUUGAUUUUUAAAUAUAAGUCUGAUCAUGUCACUCCCGUGUUUGGAACGCUUUGGUUUCCUUCUAUACCUCAAAUAAAAUCCAACUUCUUACCUUGGCCUACAAGGCCCCUGCCUUCCCCCUUGAAACUCAUUAAGUACUAAUUUCCCUCUAAAUGACAGCCACAGUGGCUUCUUCAGUUUCAUAAUUCUGAGCUCUUUCCUGUCCUGAACCAUCUCACUUUUCUGGGGUCUCCCGCUCUUGGCUUGAGUGGCUUCUUCAUUCUUCAAGUCUCAGCUUAAAGCUGCCCUCUGGAGGCCUUCCCAGGCCCUUCUAUCUGUAAACAGUCUUCUCCUGUGCUUCUCUCUUACUGCAUCCUGUUUAAUUCCUUUGUUGCACAUAUCACAAUCUAUAAUCAUAUAUUUACUUGCUUCACCUGUUCAUUUCUGUCUCCCCUACUAGGUCAUAAGUUCCAUGAGAGCAGAACCCUUGUCUCUCUUGUUCACCAGUAUGUACCCAGUGCCUGGCACAUGGUAGGUCUUCAGUAAAUGUUUGUUGAAUGAAAGCAGGAAGAAAGCAAUCCUAGCUAGAAUCCUCCUUUUUGACAAAAUUUCCCUUUGAUAAUAUACACAGUUAAGCGUUUGUACUCUAUUUUUCCAUGUGUUUUGUUUUAUCCACUGGUAUUAAUUAGCUCCUGAAGACAGAUGUCACGUGUGAGACAGAUGUCACGUGUGAGACAACUUCCUCCACUUCCCCCAUAGUGCCUGGCACAGUGCUCGGCCUACAGAAGUUCAGGUGCUUCGUCAAUACUUGUUCUGUGAGCCAGGUGGUUCAGAGACUUGUUGCCAAGUCCUGCCCUUGGGUCAGUAUCAUAUGGAAGUAUUUGGGUGAUAGAACCUUUCCACUUCCCACUGCCAGGAUUUUGUAUUGCCAUCAGGUGCCAAAUAAAUGCUCGUAUUUAUUACUGA